AUGGAAACACAAAUCAUACCUUCGUUCUGCAAUAUUCAGCAGAAAACUACAUACAACAGAAUAGUAUUUGAUAGCACCAAUGGCUUGAAACCCGAAUUACGCCGAUUAGCAACAUUUGGACCACUGUCACUAUAUACACAUUCAAUGCCUACAAAAGGAAUACUCGCAAAAUUUGGAAUCUACUACACAGGAAAAUCAGAUAUAGUGAAAUGUGAUGGAUGUGAUUUCGAACAUGAAUUGUUUAAAUCAGAUAUAAACCCAAUUGAGGAACAUAGGAAACAAAGUCCACAAUGUCAAUUUGUUUUAGAUAACAAUGCACUCUCUCAGAUGAAUCAUCAACGAUUAUUAUCGACUAUAGCAACUUCAGCACGAAGGAAUGUCGUCGCUUCGAAUCAUCAAACUGAAAUGGAUCUAGAUGAUAAUGAUGAUGCGGACGAUGAAAAUCUACAAAAAUUAUUUAUCAAAUCAUUACCAAAAGAAAUGCUCGAUAAAAUUCGAGCAGAUACAUUCUCCAAUUGGCCAAUAAUCACGCCUUCUGCAAAAGACAUGAUUAAUUCUGGUUGGACAUUUACUAAUAUUGCAGAUCGUGUUAUAUGCAUUUAUUGCAAUACAAUAGUGCAUAAAUGGACAACAACGGAUCAGCCCUAUGAAAUUCAUCGAUUGAAAUCUCCUCGAUGUCCUUUUGUGUUGGUGACGGAAAAAAUGAAUUCAGCGAAACCAUCUGCUACAAAAAUAGCAAUUACUAGUGCACCUAACGUAGAGACUGCUGUUGCACCAGUUACUAAUAAUUAUACUUUAGCGCCUCAUCGAUAUGAGACUUUUCAAAACUGGCCUCAGACCGAAACAAAUCCAUUGCCUUCUAUAGAGUCAUUCGUUAGCGCGGGAUUUUUCUAUACAGGCGAAAACACCGUUGUCAGAUGUUUUUAUUGCAACGGCUCUCUCCGUAACUGGCAGAGUAGUGAUGAUCCGAAAAUAGAGCACUGCAGAUGGUUUCCUCAAUGUGCCUAUAUUCGGCAAUAUGUCGGAGAAGACCUAUAUCAAGCUAUACAGAAAAAGAAUUGUGAAAUUCAACAUCAGCAAAACAGCCCAAACGACAUUAAUGCUCAAAGAUCGCAAAGCGCUCCAUGGACAGAAAUUGAGCUUGCUAGAAUGGUUAAAGCGCGUCUUGAUUUACCCAUAGUCGAAACACUUCGCCGAAUGGGUUUCACCAUGGGAAUCAUCAAGAAAGCAUUUGAAAGCCAAUUGAGAAAUAAACAUGAUGAUUUCAAAACUGACAAUGAUCUUCGAUUGGCUUGUCUCAUACUUCAUCAACAAGUUAAAUUAAUCAAUGGCAAUAGGAAUAUUCUACUUGUUCCUGAAGAUUGGAUGAACAAAUAUAUCGAAGAACAAAAGCGAGCUAUGGAUCAAUCUACACCAGAACACUUAGAAACUUUACAGACACCUGCUAUGGAUGCCGAAGCACCUGCAGUUUUGACACAAGUGAUAGCACAACCGAAGAUAGUGCCAAAACCAGAUGAAGAAUCAAUGUUAUGUGUACUCUGUCUUACAACGGAACGUCAAAUAGCCUGUAUGCCGUGUGGUCAUUUCACUAGUUGCGUAGAGUGCGCCCACAGUUUACGGACAUGCCCAAUCUGUCGAGCACCGGUCAAAGCUUUUGUUCGGAUAUACGUGUAA